AUGGCUGCUGUUAACGGAUCUUCAGAGGAAUUUUGUCCUGCUCUUUACCCUGAUCUCAAGGGCAAAGUUGUUUUUUUAACCGGUAUAGGUCAGACAGGAGACCAGAGUAUGUGGGGCAAUGGUGCUGCCACUGCUCGUGUCCUUGCUGCAAACGGUGCAAAGAUCUUUGGCUGCGAUCUAUACCUCGAGCCAGCCCAACACACUGAGAGGCGCAUCGCUGCCGAGGGUGGAGAUAUCACUGUCACUACUGCCGACGUGACCAACGACGCCUCUGUAAAAGCCGCCAUUGAUGCUUGUAUUGCUAAAUAUGGUCGCAUCGAUAUACUAAUCAAUAAUGUCGGGCGUUCCGAACCUGGAGGCCCGGCAGAAAUGACCGAAAAGGUUUGGGAUGCUCAGACCAACGUCAACCUCAAGUCCGUGUAUUUGUGUUGCCACCAUAUAUUGCCCAUGAUGGAAGAACAAGGCUCUGGUGUCGUCGUCAACGUGGCCUCCAUCGCCGGGAUGCGGUACAUUGGCAAGCCACAAGUGGCCUACUCUGCCACCAAGGCGGCCGUGAUCCAGUUCACCAAAGCCACGGCGGUCAUCUACGCCCCGAAGAACAUUCGUAUGAACGUCGUCGUGCCUGGGUUGAUGAACACGCCGCUGGUUGGAAUGCUGGCAGAUAAAUAUGCCGGUGGUGACCUGGCCGGAUUUGUUGCCAAGCGAAACAAGGCUGUCCCUAUGGGAUUGAUGGGCGAUUCUUUCGAUGUGGCUAAUACUGCGGCCUUCCUUGUAUCCAAGGCGAGUCGAUACAUCACGGGACAGAAGAUCGUGGUCGACGGUGGUAUAACAUCGUCUACUGGUUAG